CUUAAUGCAGCAUUUUCCAUGGGGAGGGAAGCUCACAAGUGAGUCUAUAAAGUUUUUUUCACCAAUUGUCAUUUGGACAAAGUUUACUUCAAGCCCGCAAAAGUAUGAUGUUUUGUAUUCGGCAUUCCGAGAUUAUUACAAGAUAUGGUUGGAAUUGAUAGACACGACAGUAAAAGAGACAGAUGAAUAUCAAAUUUUUGACAAUCUUGAAGCACAGCAUAGAUAUCUGACAUGGAGAGCCGAAAAGGAUCCGAGACAAGGUGUUUUGAAGAAAUUGAUAGGUGACACACUUGCCAAGGAUUUAUUAAGAAGUUUUCUCUUUAAUGGAGUCAACGAACUAGGAAGCAAAAAGUUCCAUGACUAUUUUCCACACUACAACGGCGAGGAAGGAAGUCUAAAUAAGAAAGGUGGUAUUAUUGGAAAGUCUUUUGAAAAUCGACCGUGGGAUGCAAGAGGAGAAUUCCUUGGUCGAUGAAUAUUGUAGCUUUGCUCUCAAACUGUUAUACAAGGCAUGUAGCUGGUAAUAUUUCUUCAUAAGUGGAGAAAUAUAUCACUUUUGUAAAAGAUUUUAUGAUCUAAUUAGUGGAGAAAUAUUUUUUUUAUGAUAUAAUUUCAUUUCAAUAUUGCCACAAGGAUAUCAUUCUCAUGUUAGUGCUAUAAUUAAAAUGCUAGGAAUGCAAGUAACAUGCAUUUAAUAGAAUUAGUAAAAUUAAAUUAUAUUUUAUUGUAUGUUUCA